ACAAUGCUUCCAUUAUUUGCUUAUCCUCGAAGACCACCCAGAAUCAAUCCAAAUUACAACCCAAAUACAUUGAAUUCUCUCUCUACUGUAAUUAAAUAAGCUUUUCUUUAUUAAAAUCAUAAACCAGUCCAAGUUGUCCAACCAUGCUUCCAUCAUGUGCUUAUCUUCGAAGACCACCCAGAAUCAAUCCAAAUUACAACCCAUAUACAUUGAAUUCCUCUCUACUGUAAUCCAAACCGAUCAUCACCCACCAAAUUGAACAGCUGCCUGAGACAGAAACAUGGCCGCAACUCCUGCCCAUGCCAAGAAAGAAUCACUGUCCAAGCCUGUCCAAGAACUGGCCAUUAAUGGUGAUGAACCGCCACAAAGAUAUGUCUAUAAAGGGGAUGGAGUCUAUAAAGGCGGUGAUGGAGCCAUCCAUGCCUCUUCACCUCUGCUGGAUGUUCCGGUUAUUGAUGUUGGUCUGCUGACAUCUUCAUCACCCACCAGAAAAGAAGAACUUGGGAAACUUCAAUCAGCUCUCAGCUCAUGUGGUUGCUUUCAGGCAAUAAAUCAUGGAAUAACAAAUUCAUUCCUAGAUGAAGUGCAAAAAGUUGCCAAACAAUUCUUUGCAUUUCCAACAGAAGAGAAGCAGAAAUGUUCCAGAGCAUUAGAUGACAUUGAAGGGUACGGAAAUGAUACAGUUCUUUCGGAGAAUCAAAUUCUCGAUUGGACGGAUCGGUUGUAUCUUACAGUAUACCCAGAAGAUCAGAGAAAGCUCGAACUUUGGCCUGAAAAUCCUGAAAAUUUUAGGGAAAUUUUAGAUGAAUAUACCACAAAGCUGAGAAUGAUGAAUGAGCUCGUCCUUAAGGCCAUGGCAAAUUCAUUAGACUUGGAGGAGAACUGCUUUCUGAACCAGUUUGGAGAGAAAGGAUCGAUGACUGCAAGAUUUAACUUGUACCCUCCAUGUCCAAGGCCUGAUCUUAUUCUCGGCGUCAAACCACAUGCAGAUGGAUCAGCAAUUACCUUCCUCCUGCAAGACAAAGAAGUGGAAGGCCUCCAAAUCCUGAAAGAUGAUCAGUGGUUUAGAGUUCCCAUCAUUCCUCAUGCUCUUCUCAUUAAUGUUGGUGAUCAAGCAGAGAUAAUGAGUAAUGGAAUUUUCAAGAGCCCAGUACACAGGGUAGUGACAAACUCUGUAAAGGAGAGGAUCACACUGGCUGUAUUUUGUAUGCCAGAUUUGGGAAAGGAGAUUGGACCAGUGGAGCAGCUCAUCAACGAGAAAAGGCCAAGGUUAUACAAGAAAGUGAAAAAUUAUGUUGAUAUCUAUUUUCAGAACUACCAGCAAGGUAAGAGACCAAUUGAAGCAGCAAAGAUUUAAGUUUGUGUUUCAUCAUCUUGUGAUUUAUACCGAACUAUGAAAGUUGAAGCAAAUAGAUUGUACUAGCAUACUAUCCUCAUUCAUAUGAGAUUAAGCCAAAGAUUAGGAUUGUGUUGAUUAUUA